AUGUCUCUGCUGCUUUCCAUGUUGGGCUUGUCCCAUCGCUGUCGGCGUCAUCGGCGGUUGGAAGCAAAAAUCACUUUAGUGCCUUUCAUCAUGGGCUUGGGCUUGCUCUUUCCUCGGCUAAAGGAACAGGACUUGCUAGCCAUGACGCCUGACGAGCUCUUCACUGCAUCACCAAUGGCGAUAUACCUUCCAUGGACACAGCGGGCUGAGAGCAACGUCGGCUCCAUCAAGUUUGACAUAGAAACGUUCCAAGUGAAUCUCGACGUGCCAGUAGACUCCGUCAAAGCACCCGACGGGUUCAUAGUCAUCCAACUUGAAGAAACAAAGCAAGCUAGUUACUCAUCCAGCCAGUUCUCAAGCGAGUACGCGGAAGGGUGCAACUCGGAGGGAGAGUUAAGGUUAAGGCUGUCAUCAGAAGGCGUCCCGGUCAUCGUUCGCGCGGCUCCGAACGAAAUGCCGGUGUCCAUCUUCAAGCGUGGGUCAGUUCGGAGGGAAAUUGAGGAGGCUUGGGGCAACCUCGAUGACAGAUAA